GAAAACGCGACGUCUGCUCUCACAUUCGUUUACCAUCAUUUUUUGUCCCUCCUUCAACCCUUUGUCUCCUCACCUCUGCUACCUGCCGCGUGACCUUCCCUCUACUGUGGAUGUCAUUUUACUAAUGACAUCAUGUUCAGUGCACUUGACCCAGUGACCUACUUCCACGGGAAUUGAGAGAAGGAGAGCUCAAGUGAAGGGCAGAAAGAGAGCGAAAGAGAAAAAAGGGGGGAAGGAGGAGGUGGUGGUGGUGGUGUAGCAUACAGAGCACUAUAAAUAGGGCUGUCAGUGGAGGUGCGCUAUUGGAAAGGGGGGGAAGGGAGGACUGCAAAGGCUGGAGAGGAAGAUGAGGCGGGCGCACGAGAUGAAGGCUUUACUGUCUGUGUCGUCAUGAAACAGCUGUGAUGGAGACAGACGAGCCACACUAUUGGGAUUAGUUGUCCGUGUAGAGAUUAGAGGGAAGGGUCAGAUGCUGGAUUCCUUUUAGAGCUGAAAGUGUUCUGUUGCUCUUUAUUGGUUUAAUGUGAAAACUGUUUGUGCCAAGCGUGUUUUAUUCAAGAACACUCCACAAAUGCAGAGAAUAAGGCCUUUUCAUCCAGAGAUGAACCCCCUUUCACUUCUGCCCAGAUUACAUCUCAUCGAUCGCUCUGACAUAGAGCCGAUCAACCUGAUUCAUAGAGUAAUGUGAAGAUCGUUUAACUGUCUGUGUUCCUACUGAGGGUGAUUAAAAUUCUGCCAGCGAUGCUCUUCUCAGCAGUAAAUGCUAACAUCUCAUGUCCCCUUCUGGUUUUCUCUUCUCUCCAUAGCCGUGCGUUUUGGCCGCAUUCCCAAACGGGAGAAGCAGAGGCUACUGGACGAGAUGCAGAGCUACAUGAACAGCCUCAACGAAUCCGCUUCCAUGGAAAUGGAGGUGUCCUCUCCCCCCGACGCCCUCGCCGGUGCCCAGAACCAGACGAACGAGCGCCCCGCGCCGCAGUCUUACCAGAGCGGCUUGGUGAACGGCGACGGGAAGCCGCUCAAGAUGGCGUCCCACAACAACAACAACAACAACGGCGGCGGCGGCAGCGGCACUCCAUCCUCCUCUUUCCGGAACAGUGCGGGGCAGGACGCGGCGAUGACGCACACGUCGACCCAGACGCAGCACGCGCCGCACAGGGAGCAGGUGAACGUGACGUCGAGCUACGGCAGCGCCCCCACAAACUGCCCCGCUGCCCCCACUCACAGUGAACACUCCGCUAAUCCUCAUGUGGAUAACGCCCAGUACACCUACUCCUCCAAUCAGAACCAGUGUCCCGUCAGCGGCAACAUAUCAGCGCAGGCCUACUCGUCCAAUCACAACGGUUUCCCAGCCAGUGAGUCCCAGAACCAAAACUCCUGCCCCUGGAAGCUGAGUGGUGGCGCCAAAGUGCUGGCAUGUCCACUCAACUCCUGUCCUGUGGCUCCAGCCAGCCGCUCCAGUCAGGAGGUGUGGGAGUCUUUCUCCCAGUGCUUCACUCCUGCUGUUAAAGAAGUGGUGGAGUUUGCAAAGAGCAUCCCAGGCUUCCAGACCCUCAGCCAGCAUGAUCAGGUCAUGCUGCUCAAAUCCGGCACUUUUCAGGUUCUGAUGGUGAGGUUUUGCUCCUUGUUUGAUGCCAAGGAGAGGACGGUGACCUUCCUGAACGGGCAGACGUACUCGCUGGCGUCGCUGAGGGCUCUCGGCAUGGGCUCUUUACUGGACGCCAUGUUUGAUUUCAGCGAGAAGCUGGGAUCUUUGGGUCUGGAGCCGGAUGAGAUGGCUCUCUUCAUGGCCGUCGUGCUCGUGUCAGCCGAUCGCUCCGGUGUUGUGGACGUGGGAGCGGUGGAGCUGCUGCAGGAGAACCUGAUCAAAGCUCUGCGGUCUCUCAUCACCAGUCGCCGCCCCGACGACAGCACCCUCUUCCCAAAGUUGCUGCUCCGUCUGCCAGACCUGCGCACCCUGAACAACCAGCACUCUGACAAGCUUCUAGCUUUCCGCAUCGAUCCCUGAGGUCAGACGGCGGACUGAGGUGUCUGCUUUGGGGAAACCAGGCCGAUCACAUACAGAACUCUGGCCUCUGCGUGAUGGACAAGAUGUGGGAGCUGUUCCGUGCCCACCUGCUGUGAGAAAGUGUACUCUGUAAAGGACGGACGCACAGCAGGAAGCAGAAGCUCCUGAACUCGAAACUGACCUUCUCUCCAGUUGCUUCCAGGAUAGCAAAAAAACAAACAAAAAUAAAAAUAAAUAAACAUAGCCGGUGUUCUUCCUUGGGUUCCACGGGCCAACGUCAAACCUCCGAGUCACUUAGCUUUCACUCCUGCAGUUUAUCUUCUGAAGACCAAAGUGAAAGAGGGCUUCUCUGUUCCUCCCUCUUAUCCAAGAAGGAAACACACAGGCUCCUCUUUCCCUGGAAGAGAAGUGGACACAAACACUCAUUCAUACUGUACAUUCAUGCUCUUACAUUACUCUAUGAUGAUAUAGCAAUAGAAAUACCCGUCACAUUUGGGAGAACACGUUGUGUUUGCCUCGUUGGAACCACCCUAAGCUAUUUUGACAGCAUGUUCCCAGUGAGGGAAAUCUUUAUGGAAAUCAUCUCAUCUGUGAAUGAGAAAUAAGACUUUUUCUUUUUUUAUUUGCUUCUUCCGGAAAUGAUUGGUGUGUGUAUUGCGGUAAUCAGGGGAGAAGUUUCCGGUCAUUUCAGACCGUGUCUGAUGGGUAAACGUGUGUGUGUAUGUGUGUGUGUGUGUGUGUGUGUGUGUGUGUAAAAGUGUUCGCUUGUAAAUUUUUGUACAUAACCUUUUUCGCUCCCGGUUCGUACCCACGCUAGUGUGCAGAUCCUGGAAUAUGUAAAUGAAGCUAGUAUUGAAAUUAUUGUACGACGUCACAUCAUAGAUGGCUGUAUAGACUGCAGAGGAAGCAGCAUUUGAACCAUGUGUUCCAAGUAUAAACUUUUUUUUUUGAAAAAAAAUCUAUCUCUAUAUAUAUAUAUAUAUGAAUAUAAAUAAAAAUAUAAAUAAAAUUAAAAUAAAUGUAUUGUUGACUGACUGCAUUACCCUGUGAAUAUUUUGUAAAUGUUUUAUGGUCACACCAUAGAGUACCAUUAUUAAAUAAUGUUCUAUAGCA